AUGCCACAAACUGCGAAAACCGGCAACGAGAACAUAAACAUUGACCUCGCCUCACCCCCCGGCUGGACAUACGUCGGUGGGGAUACCGUCAUCGGAAAUGUUGUCCGCCGUUCACAUGUUGUCACACCCGAUGCAUCGGUGACACUUACCCUGGUCGGACGCGUGAAAACAAAGAUCACGGUGAAGAGAAACAAUGGCCAGUUGACCAGUACCAGCCAUUACCGCGGUCGCUGGCAGCUUUUCAGCACAUCGCGAGAGACUCUAUUCCGUGGUCCCUUACAUCUUCCAGAGGGGAGUGUCAACAACCCGCUUACCUGGCCAUUCUCAGUGGAGAUCCCUACACGGCCAUCAGAUCGGGUACUGGAGGGCCAUUGCAAGGAAGAGAGUUAUCUGCCGUUGGACAAAGAGAUCCUUGCCAAGAACACAUUGCCCGCAAGUUUUUUCUCUAGUAACCGCGGAUGGCGUACAUCAUCAGAAGGCUUCGUGGAAUACUACCUCGAGGCUCAGCUGAGAUAUAGUCGUUCCGGGUCGUUUGAGGUCGAAACUGCUACUUUUCCUAUCACAAUUCGACAUGUCCCGCAGGCCGGGACUUUUAUUUAUGAGCUUCAGUCGCGCUUGCUCGCGGGAAGGGCCAAGAGUCAACGGCUACUACCGGGGAUGGAACAUGCUGAGCUAUCACUGAAGCAAAAGACGCAAAAGCUUUUCGGUUCAUCGAAGGUGCCGGAGUUCCACUAUACGGUGGAGGUCAGUUGGCCUUACGCCAUCCAACUCGAUAACCCAAUGCCUGUCCCGAUUAUCAUUAGUAUUAAGCCCGCCAGCACAAGCCCCGAGAUCAGCGACGUUGUCCAGAAGGUUCAAUUAAAUUGGGUCAACAUGGUUAUCAAGUCUCAGACUAUGGUGCGAGCACCUGGAAACCUCACUCCGACAUAUACUCACAACCACUCUCAUUCCUCCUCUCAUCCCAUUGGCUUGAAGAAGGCUUUUCUAAGACUCGAGAGCCCUGUUGUAUUUACUACUGGAAAGGGGAACGAGCCGGUCGACAUCGGUAGUAUGUUUGGGCUUCUCUUUCAUUCUAAUGGUUCUACCGUUGGGGGUCUACGUAACACUACUUACAGUGGUCCGUCUCCUGACUUUAUCACGUAUAACAUUCUGCACAGAAAUGAGUUGGAACUGGAGGUGUCAUUGACUGUCGCGGAAGAAACGAAGGAGUUCAAAAUAAGCUCGGGACUGAAGAUACUCGCAGCGGAGUGA